GACGACCGGCACAGCGCGACGCGGCUGCGAAUCCGCCCGCGGAAUUCCGCAAGGUCUCUCUCUGUGUCGUUCAGCGAGUGCUACUCUUCGGCCACCUUGCGGAAGAGUCUUCCAGGCGUUCGCGGACGUUCCCAUUCGUUUCCGUUGUGAUCGUCGAGUGGAAGAUCUUCGUCCGAUCUUGUGCACGGUGUCGUCGUCAUCUCUCCCUCCUCGUCGCCGGUGCUUUGACGCGACAAGGUGUUGUUACUCCUACUCUGCUCUUCGACAUCUCUCCUUCAAGGGGGCCGAAUGACCGCGAACGAACGCGACACCGCGAGGACGACGUUUCCUAGCCGCAUUCUGGGAACGAACGUGAUCGCCCGGCGUGUUCACGCUGAUCGCGGUUAGAUUGACAAGCGAUCCGGGCAAACGGCACCAGGGAAGACGUCGACACCGACGUCGGUCGCUGAUAACCGAGAGGUCACGUGAAAGCCAAGGAGAGCCGGCCGACAAGAAGACUCUCGUCGAGAGAGGAAGGCUGUUGUCCAUCGGUAUCUAGUCCCAUCUUCAGGCACCCGACGCGAUGCCUGCGCCAACGUCAGCGUCAGCGGGUCCGGCCGAGGGCGGCCCGCCCCGGACCGAACUGCAGGAGUUACAGCUCAAGGCCGGCCAGACCACAGAUGAGUCUCUGGAGAGCACGAGGCGUAUGCUGCUGCUAUGCGAGGAGAGCAAGGAGGCUGGCAUCCGUACUCUGGUCGCACUCGAUGACCAGGGAGAACAGCUGGACCGAAUCGAGGAGGGCAUGGACCAGAUUAAUGCCGACAUGAGAGAGGCCGAGAAGAAUCUCACGGGAAUGGAGAAGUGCUGCGGUCUCUGCGUUCUUCCCUGUAACAAGAGCGCCAGCUUCAAGGAGGACGAGGGCACGUGGAAGGGCAACGACGACGGCAAGGUCGUGAACAACCAGCCGCAGCGGGUGAUGGACGAUCGCAACGGGAUCGGACCGCAGAGCGGCUAUAUCGCCAAGAUCACGAACGACGCGCGCGAGACAGAGAUGGAGGAGAACAUGGGCCAGGUGAACACGAUGAUCGGCAAUCUGAGGAACAUGGCGAUCGACAUGGGCAGCGAGCUCGAGAAUCAGAACCGGCAGAUCGACAGGAUCAAUCGCAAGGGCGAGUCGAACGAGUCGAGGAUACAGGUGGCCAACGAGCGGGCCCAUCAGCUACUCAAGUAAGGCCACACUCUCUCGACCACCCCCGCACCCCGUCGGCCGUCACGAGCGUCACUACCAUCACCCUCCACCAUCACCACCACUACCAUCAAUCCAACAGCUACGACAAAAAUCGCAAAAACAACAACAACAACAACAACAACAACACGACACAGCAGCAAAAACAACGACCACAAUAACGACAUCAACAACAAUCAGCACAAUUACACUCGACAAUGUACACUACACUCACCGAUUGUUUGUUCUUCGCGAUUCACCUCGCUCGUGUUACCUUCGUCGAGCUCGUUCGUGCGUCUUCUCAUUCACGUUCGAACGUUCAACAUCGAGCAGCUCGUCGGCCGGGCCUGGGCUCGGUAUCGUCGACGUUCCCCGAACACGCACACUCAACCCUAAACUUGACAGCGUGCACCCUGUGGUGAAACGCCCGACCUCGUCGGUCGGCUAUGUUGCAAUCCUUUCUCUGGUUUGAGCGUUACGACGGCCAGGUGUCCUUUGAGCGAGGAUUAUGCAGAUCGCGCUUGCACGCGCCUGGCGGACACGAUCCGCCAGAUCCUAUAAACGUCGUUCUGACGUCGUACGAGGCUUUGUCUCUUCUAAGUUAUUAUUCGUGAUUAUUAUUAUUAUUAUUAUUAUUAUUAUUAUUAUUAUUAUUAUUAUUAUUAUUCGCUUUGCGAACGGUGCAGCUCGAAAAAGUCGCGUAGAAGAAAGAAAUGGAUAAUAAACAGCUUGAACGUGUUGUCAAAUUGGAGAAGAGUUUUGUACUUUUGUUUCCUUCACGUUAUCCGCAAUUCAAACGCAAUCUCAAGUUCGCGCUCCCUCAGAGCCCUUCGUCAAGUUUAGGGUUCACCCUGUGAAGAGGCAUCGUCAGUACCAUUCUACGGAGCCGGAGAUUAAAUUUGAUUGUCGGUGAUUUGCGGUCGCUUGCUCGUUGUUCGUUCAUUCGUCCAACUGGCGGAAUUAAUUUGAGCGAUUAUAAAUGCGCGACCUCUUGGGACGUUGAAAUCCGUAUCUCCGGAAUUCAUCAUCGAAUUCAAACCGGAUCCGUUUUCCUUUCUCCCUCUAAUCCAAACGCGUCAACGUCGUCGAGCCACGCCGUCAUGACCGGAAAUUAAAUCUAAUCUCCGAAACAGAUUCUUUAUUUUUACGACGGCGAGUAACCUUCGUCGAUGAAGCUUCCUGGUCGAACGAAUAUCUCGGCAUCGGCGACCUCGGCUAAUCGGUGAUUAAAGCCGGAUCAGAUCCUCGAUCGAAAACCAGGAGCUUCGUCCACAUGAAUCACAACGAAGUGCCGAUGGAAUUUCUAGCCGAAUGAGAGUGUCGAAGUAUCGCAUGAUGUUACGAGUCAAAGUCCAGUCGUUGGCUUGUUGAAAACUAGCAGCUUCGUUUUCUCGACACACACGGUUGGAGAAGAGUUGUUCAAAUUUGUGAAAUUCAAAUGAAAGCAAGGAGAAAAAGCAAAUAUAUAUCAUACAUACAUACACAUACAUACAUAUAUAUAUAUAUAUAUAUAUAUCUCUUGUUAUACAUAUAGUCGCUGAAGAUUAUGAAUGCACGAACGGUGCAUCGAUUAAAUGAUUUAAUUCUCGGUUUAAUCGACUAUGGAGAUCGAUAUGGUAUAUUACUUGGUCAAAUACAAGAGGAACAAGUUCAUAGUACAAACAUUAUCGCAAACAUUGUCUAACCCUUUGGCGAAACGAUAAUUUCGGUUUUCUCUCGGGCAAGCUUCCUUUAUUCUGCUUUUUCUCAUUGAAAUAUUAUCAUAUAACACACUAAUACACGAAAAAAACACACGUACACAUCAAUCGAAAACAGCCCCGAGAACCAUAUUCAGCCACACAGCGACGGGCGACAUUAUCUACGAACAAAAAGCGACACUGAUCCCCCCCUCCUCCCUGAACAAUCCCUGAACGUGAGCUCUCUCGCUCUUCUCCUAGCGCGGAGAGAGCCUCUCACUAUUCCUCCCCCGCAAAAGAAUAUUACACACGUCCCCGUACUCGAUCAUGGAGUAUUUCACGAAUAUCUACUACCCCGGGCGUAUCCGUCCACCUGGAUCUGCCGCGUGCGAGAAGCACGCAAAGAGAAAGAAAGAAAAAGAAAAAGAGGGAGGGAGAUCGGCGACACACCCUUGGAGGAGGAAAAGCGUAGAAUCGCGCGUGCGAAGAAUGAAGGAGCAGGACAAGGAGGAGGUGAAGAAGCGUGACACUAAUAAAGAGGAAGAGGAGAAGGAGGAGGAGCAAGGAGAAGAAGAAGAAGAAGAAGAAGAAGAAGAAGAAGAAGAAGAUGAAGAAGGAGGAGGAGAAGAAGAAGGAAGAAAAGAAAUAUAUAUAUCGAGAUAACCGAAGCAACGAAGUGAACGCGUUCAGCCAUGAUUAAGAGUCGCUGAAGCUGUAGAUAGAGCGAGGUCUUCUUUUCGUCG